AAGACAGCCUUGGCUGUGUUUGCCGCAGGCCCGCUUUGUAUAUCAAGCCUUUUCUACCACUGUGUUUCCAUCCCCACAACCAACUUUUCUUUAUUCUUCGACCAAACCAACCUCCAUAUAUAUCUUCUUCACUACUCUUCACUAGAUGUACCCUCAUACUCCUCUUUUCGAUAUCAACAGCAUGGUGAACAGGCUGAACGACGAGAACAACGUCCUCAAGGCUCAACUCCACAGCCUCACUGAUCGCGUCUCCCACCUCGAGGUCGAAAACGCGCACCUGCGCUCCCUUAUUGCUCGAUCUCCUCCUCCUCCUCCAUCUCCUGCUGCCCAAGUUUAUGCAACGCCAAGUGACAAUGCCAUGCAUCUACCCAUGGUAGUCGAGAGCUUGGCUGUUAUGCAGGAGCACUUCCGUCGCCAGGGUACGUUAAAGCAGUGUUCCACCACAGCCUGCCAUAGGUACGCCUUCGACCAAAUUUGCUUCCGCGAGGGGCAUAUGGCGUGGUGCCACCCCCACAACCGCAUCAUCACCCGCACGUACACCUCUUGCUCGGUGAAGGCAGAAGAACGUGGGGACUGCAUGCCAGUCUCCUGGGAAGAUCGUCACGACUGGGCGGAGAUCGUUGCCCGCGCCUUCCGAGACGGCAAGAUCGGCCACAAGGGCCUGGAAAGUGGGUUCCUGAAGCAUCUCCUGUUCUCUCCCAUCUACGGACCGCAGCGCACCGGACCGCCGGUUUCACUUCCACAAGGCCAGUACCCGCAUGGUGACUGGGCCUAGGUUGCGAGCAGGACACGUUGAAGAGUGCAGGAUUCCAGGGUUUCGUAUGCGACGCGAUGUACAAUGGUCGUGAUUUGAUUGAAGUACCCGCUUUGAUGUAACCAACCAGGUCAUUCAGGAGCUGUGGUCCGAGGAGACCGGAUUUGUCGCAGUCAAAUCCACGUGUACCCACAGACAGACCGGGGCAAUGUGAUUUGAAGUCAUCUUAACACGCUG